GUACGAGUCCAAGACGAGCAACCAUUUGAAGCUCAUCGACUUCGGAUUCAGCAAAGUGUGGGAUCCCAACAUCAAGAUGCACGUGAGCUGCGGCACCUUGGCCUAUGUGGCCCCAGAGGUCUUGAAGAAGGCCUACACCAGCCAGUGCGACAUGUGGAGCCUGGGGGUGAUUGCAUUCGUGCUUCUCUCGGGUUACAUGCCCUUCUCCGGCUCAGAGGCUGUACAAACCAAGAACAUUGCUUCAGG